AUGCCUCCCAUCGAGCGCGACGUCGCUCUCUGGGACCCGGAACGUGUGCUCAGACACCAGCAUUCAUCGUCGUCUGAUCAUGGCCGUUCUUUCAUUCCCAUGUGGGACAGUUCGGAUCCCGAGCGGGCACCACCGCCGCUGCCUCUGAACCCGCAGUCGCCGAGUGUCGGUACCUCUCGGCCAGGCACCUCGACGAACAUCCAGUCAGCCCACGCCGCGCUCACCGAGAAGGCCCGCGAGAGCGCUCUCGUGUCCAACGCUCUCGCUAAGCGCAUCGGCGACGCCUCACCCGAACGCACGCCUCGCGGCUCCCUCUCGCACACCAGCUCCAUCUCCACAAACUCCUCUUCCAGUUCCGCACCGCGCUCACAAUCCCACCGGCGCAUGCAGUCACUGCAGCCCAACACAGUUCGCGAUCUCAGUUUGAUGAUUGAGACCGGCGGCGCGAACAGCAACACCAGCCGUGACCCCAACAGCACGACGCCGCGGUCGCCCGAGAAGACCGCCCUUAUCGGUCUACCUUCGACACCGCUCAAGAACCGGACUGACCCCUUUCUAUCAGACGACAAACAGCCGAUCAACGUCAACCCUGGUCCGGGUCCUAGCCUGACGCCCAUUGUGCGGCCCAUCGUCCGGCGGCCACAGCAGAGCAUCCUGGGCGAGAACACUCCGCCCCAGUCGGCGACCAUGCUCGCUUUGCACAGCAUGGCCGCAUCCAACCCGAGCCAGAGAGAACGCGAGCCGGGAGCACCGCUUCCCUUGCCACCCUCGUCCACACAGCAGCUGCCGCAGCCCCCACCGCAACAGCCAACUGCACAGCUGGAGACCGCUCCUGCUCCUGACCAGGCUCCCCUCACAAUUGUCUCAAACAACAGGUCGGCAGGCGGUGCUAAGAGCCGCAGUGGGAACAGCAGCAGCAACAACAACAACAACAACAACAACAGCAUGGCUAUGACCGUAGUCAAGCAGCCACAUAUGCCAAUGGAGCAUUUGUCUAAGCAAAUCAUGAGCCUUACCAACAUUGCUACAUCCCUGCAGAAGGAGAUGUCCGCACUGAGCCGGCGAAGCAGGGACAAUGCUACCGAUCUACUCAGCCUCAAGGAGGCGACUAAUGCCAGAGACGAGGACAUCCGCAAGAGCCUUCGCGAACUUAUCACCAACGCGAGUGAAGUGGCAUCCACUCGGUCUCGCGACUCACACCCUGGUGGCCCCUUCAUGAUCGACAACAAGCCGCAUGGCCAGCCUCACGCUACCUCGCCUUUAUCUAGGUCUGUGCGUCCCUUCUCGCUUCCCCGGAUUCCAUCUCCCAACAGCUUUGCUGCAUCUCUCGACCGUGAGUCCAUGAGCACGCCGUCUCUCUAUGCGGCGGAUGGGCCUAACACCAUUUCUAUGCUGGAACGUAUUGUACGCGAAAUGGGCACAAAGGAAGGACAGGACCUUCUCAUGAGCAGACUCUCUGAAGUCAUCGAGAAGCUCUCGGGCAUGGUGUCGGCCGCUAAGCUUGAGGAGCUCCUGCAGUUUGUCAAGGAGCGCCAGGAGCAGUCUAUUGUUCCUGCUGCUUCUGGUCCUAGCCGGCCCCGCAACUAUAGCUUUGACGACGAGCCUGUCAACUCUCAGCGUGAGAUCGAGUACAACCGCAAAGGUCCAAUGACCCAACGCGCGGAACGCCUUCUUCAAAGUGCGAGCACCUCGGCAAUCGAACAGCGUCGCUCGUCUGCGCCUGCCACUGGCGUCAAUAAUGGGAUCAACAACGAUGUUCUCAACAUCAUCAAGACGGUCAAGGACAGUGUUGCCCAGGGUGGUGGUCUCACGGCCGAAGUUAAGGCCCUGGUCCGAGAGCUUCGUGGCGAGGUUCUGGGUAUGGGCCGUGAGAUUGGCCGUCGUUUGGACGAAGUCGAGGUCCGCGCCAAGGACGAAGGCAAACCGUCAGCUGCCACGCAAGCCGAAAUGGCCAAGGUGGUCGAGGAGGGCCUUUCCGAACUCAAGCAGCACAUGAACAACCUCAUGCGUGAACACCGCCGCCAGUCGGCUGCGUCUGCUGCCACCAUUGCGGCGGCUGCUGCCGAAGCCGUUCCGGCUGUUGACUACCAAGAAGUUUACAACUCGAUGCGUGCUGCCCUGAAAGACUCGCAGGCGAACAAGCUCAAUCGGCCAGAGUUGAGUCGCGACGAUAUUAUUGCGGCGGUUAAAGACGCCUGGGAGACAUACAAGCCUGAGAUCGAGGUUCAGCAAAUUGGCCUCGAGCGUGACGAGGUCCUGACUUGUCUGAAGCAGGGCCUCCGCGAUUAUGUCCCCCGCAACGGCCAGCCCGCUGGUGCUACUCGUGAAGAAGUGUUCAAGGCUGUUGUCGAGGGCCUUGCCCAUUUUGUCCCGCCUCAGAUGCCUUCCAGCGGCAUGUCUCGUGACGAGGUCCUUGAGGCUGUGCGCGAGUGUCUCGAGGAAUUCGAGUUCCCCGUUGCUCCGUCUGCCAUGGGGGCUGAGAUUAGCAAGGAGGAUAUGGUUGACGCCGUUAAGCAGGGCCUCAAUAGCUUCGACUUCCCGCAGUCGAAUCGUGACCUAAUUUCAAUGAGCCCCUCCGAAAACAGCGACGAGAUUGUUUCACGCCUCCACGAAAUCAUGACGUUCAUGCGCGAAGAGUUCAAGGCUGUCUCCGACGAGGCGAAGCAGAAUGUUGCUGCCAACGGUCGCGACACCGAGCAGGUCUUGGAUGCGACCAGAGAUGGCCUCGAGAAGCUACGCUGUGAUCUUGAGACUUAUGUUGAUAAGGUCGCUGCUGCCGUCACACAUCAAGAUUUCUCCGAGGGCCUUAUUCGGACCUUGGAUGUUUUCCGCGACGAGAUCUCGAACCUGGUCUCCAAGGCCUCGGACGGCGCAAAAGAUAUGCUCAGGGAGGAGAUUGAAUCUCUUCGGGAUACAGUCAACACUUCGCUUGUCCCUGCCAUUCCGGUCCCGUCUGCUGCGGCUCCUGCUAAUAACCGGGAGGUUCUCGAGGCGCUCCAGGAGGGCGUCAACCUCCUUCGCAACGAGAUCAGCAAUCGACAUGUCAACAGCACGUCGGAAGUUCUCGACGCUAUUCAAGAGGGCCUUUCCGACCUGCGGAUUAGCAUCGACAGACUCGGCAAUAAACCUGCCGAUCUUACCGCCAAUGACGAGAUUCUGGAUGCGCUCAAGUCCGGUCUCAGUGAUGUUCGCACCGAUAUUGACGGUCUGCGGGACCAGAACAACAAUGCUGUUUCCACCGUUGAGGCUAACAACACGGCACUGGUUCCUGCCGAUAUGCUGAGACACGACGACAUCAAGAAUCUCGAGAUGCUCAUUACACAGCUGCGCACCAAGGUCGACGUCAUCGACGCUUCACAAAGCAAGCAAACGACCAACCGUGACAUCACCACCACAUCCGACGAAGACCCGUCGUCUGCCCUUACCACGGAACGGGAUGCAGAGUGGAAGGAGAAGAUAACGCAGAUGGAGUCCAAGCUCCAUUCGAUCCACGAGUCUGUUACUGGACUGGCUAGCCGGGAAGUCCCUGCUUCGGCCUUCUCUGCAUCCGAGGACGCUCCUGCGCCGCGGCCCUCUACUGAUGCCGCCUCCCGCGAGGAUGUGGAGGCCAUUGAGACAAUUCUCCGCAACACCAAAGCGCGCCUGGACGAUCUCAUUGACAGCAAUCAGUACGUGCGCAAAGACCAUAUCGACACCAUCGAAACGCUUAUUCUGGAUACCAAGCACAACUUGCUUGAUCUCAAGACCCAGAUGGACGGUCUUUCGUCGCGCGAGGAUAUCAACUUGGUGGAGUCGCUUGUCGCCCAAGUGGCCAAUGGCUUCGAUGAGAUGAAGGAGCGCCACGAAAAGCAGUUUGAUGAUCCGGAGAGAGUCACCAAGUCCGACGUGGAGGCAGUUUCUCUGGCCUGUCUGCAGGUCAAGUCUGCUGUUGAGCGUAUGUCCCAGGCUGACGACAGCACUGGUCUGCCAUCCAAGGAUGACCUCCUGAGUCUGGCUGUGAUUGUGCGCGAUGUGCGGAGCCAGCUCGAGAUGGACUCCAGCGUCGCAGCCAAGGCAUCCGAAGAGUGCCAGGCUGAGAUCGUUGGCGUUGGUGAGCGUGUCCGGGAUGUCAAAAACUUCCUUGAGGCACUGAAUGAGACUGUCAAGAACCGCCUUGAAGACGGCGUUCUCGGCAUUGAGUCGGUUGGCAAGAUUCUCGAUUCUCUUAGUGACACAAUCGGUCGCAACAGCUCCGACCUGAACGACCUGUACGAGACGAUGCGGAACGAGUUCGAGGAGUCGCGAGCUGGAGUCGUCGGUGCCAAGCUGGAGACGGACGAGCGGUUCCAGCAGACAACCGACGCCCUCGAGGCCAAGAUUGACGACCGUAUCGGUGAGCUUGUCGCCAAAUUUGAUGACUUCCAGUCGAUUUCCGACGAUCGUAUGCGGGUGAACGAGGGCCGCGAUGUCGAGCUGGAGGCUGCUGUGGUUGGCACAAAGGUCAUCGCAGACGAGUUGAAGCUUCUUAUUGACACACUUGGCUCGGCUGUCACUGAGUCGCUGGAGAAGAUGGAGGAGGCAUCCAAGACUGUUUUCGAACGCGUUGAUGAUAUGGUUAGCAAGGCGGAAGAGAACCACUCGGAUGACAAGGCUGAGCACCAGCAGACCCGCGACCAUGUGCAACAGGCCAUUGACGCUGUCCAGGGCGUCCAGGGCCAUGUCACCGAGUACCAGCCAAAGAUUCUGGAGGCGAUCAAAGACGUCUUGCUGGUCGUCAGUGAGCACUUUGAACACUCCAAGUCGUCAACAACGUCGAUCCAAGAGAAGAUCAUCGAAGCCAAGCCUCCGGAGAUGCCGCUGCUAGCACCCUCCGAGAAGUACGAUGACACGUCCAUGCAAGAGAAGCUCGACAAACUUGUGGGUCAGACCGACAGGGCAACCGACGCCUUCACUAAACUCGACAAAAUGGAUGCUCUCGUCGACCACACGCUCGCGGUCGGCCAGGCACUUACGAAGCUCGACAGACUGGUGGAGCACUCUGAGGACACCGACAAGGCCCUGGGUGAGCAGCGCGACCAGCUGGGCCAGCUUGAAAAGCUUGAGAAGUUGGAGAAGCUUGAAAAGAUGGACUACCUUGUUGCACAGGCCGAAACGACAAGCCAGGCCCUUGGCAACCUCGAGAAGCUGGUGAAGCUUGACCAGAUUGUCGAUCUGACUCAGCUGGCUGGACGUGCCUUUGACUCCCAACACGAGAAGAUUGACAAGAUUGUCAAUCAUACCCAGAUGGCCCAGGAUGCGUAUGCCAAGCUCGACAGUCUAGAGCAGCUUGAGAAGCUGGAGAAACUAGAGAAACUCGACCAGCUGGACGAGCUUGUGAGCCAUUCACGUGUCGCUGACGACAAGGCUGAUCGGACUCUGUCUCAGCUCGAAACGCUCGAAAAGGUUCAUCAGCAGGUGAUGCGCACUGCGGCCGACCUCGCACAGUACAUGUCCACGCAAACACAGCGGAUUUCCGACGACCAUGAAGACCGUGAGCGGACGCUGCAAGAAACCGUUAUUGCCCUUGAGCGCCGCCAGGUUGAGAAGGAGGAGGCCGAGUCCAGUGUGGCGGCUCUUCGCGAAGAGGAACGGAGACUGAAGGACAGCGUUGCAAGCCUGCGUGCUGAACAAGAGGCCUUCCAGCGCAACAAGGUCCGGCUGGCGGCCGACGUCUCGUCCCUGGAAACGGCGCUUCACCUUCGCCGCGAGGAGCUGCACGAAAUGGACGCACGCGCCCAGGGCCUAGAGCGGCGCAUCCUGGAGGGCGUCAUGGAUCACUCCCGGGUACUUCUCAUGGCAAAGGCAAACAAGGGACGCGAGGCUAUGAGCCGCAAGCGUGUUGUGCCAUCCAAGAAGGAAGGCCCGCCUUCGAGCGAUAGCAACAGUAUGCCUAGAGCCGCAAGAGCCGUUCCGGCCGAAACCAAACCGCGUUCCGCCUUUAACAUGGCCAUGUCGGCCAAGCGCAAUCCCUUCCCGACCAACUCGCCUCUCGGUGUCGCAGCCAAUGGCGGGCCCAAUGGUUCCCGGAGAAUCCUGUCCCUGAGCCAGAUCAAUAGCAGCAUGUCGAGCGGCAGCAUCAAGCGCAGCAACAGCGUGCGUGCCAAUGUCGGCGGUGCGGGCGGCCUCCGAAAGAGUAGCUGGGGCGGGCGGCUCCCAGCUAAGGGCUACGGUGGCCUGGAAAUGGAUAAGGAGAACGCUCCUCUCAAGGAAAGCGACGAAGAGAACGACCGAGACACGCCGGACGGGGAUGACGACGAGCACGAGUCUGUCGAGUACAGCACACCGCGAGUCGAAGAAAUCAGUGCCGCCAUCGUCCCCUACAGACGAGCAGGUGCCGAUGAUUUCGAUGACUGCUGCGACGACGAUGACGACGAUAACAAGGCCGAUGAUAAGCGCAGCGAAGCGGGAACACUGCGACGGUCCAGUGUCGGCGUAUCAGUGGUGACGGGCGACUCACAAAGCGAGACUGGCGAGUUUUAUUCGGGUGAUGAGGACGACAACGAUGUGAUGAGCCAGUGGACAAGCAGUGAGCUCAGCUCUGCACCGCCGGGCGGGAUGGUGCUUUACGGCAGUGAGCUGUAA